AUGCGGUCGUACCUUGCACGGGAACGCAAAGAGGAUCCCAGAAUAACACCACUACAAAUCGAAGGUAGAAGACCAUACGUCAUUGUCUUGAGUCAGGAGAUUGACGUUUGGGGACCUGUUGGGCACCGACGGAAUACUGUUGCGGAAGCAAUGUUGAUCAGGGCGGAAAGUACUCACACAACAUUGGUCGCGGAAGAAGGGAUGGGUCUAAAUUCAAUCCAUGAAGGCUGUCGAGGCGGUUUAAGACACCGCAUUGGCCUCGAUUAUACGGUAUACGCACCAAGUAUUCGUGUUGUUGGGGGGCGAUUUUUGUGUCACUCACCGCCACAGAAUACGCACGCUCGCGUGUACAUUUCCGGGCACCGCGAAGUCAAGCCAACCGAGUUUCAUACCGCCGAUUCAAUUUUCGCACUGGUCACAUAUGCAUGCAUUUUCGACAUCGAAUUCUUCAGUGGCUGGAAAAUCUGCUCUGACUUGCAUGCUACUGAAGAAGCCACCGGGAGCUCUAAUAGACCGAAAUUGCAUAAUGACGGCUCCGAGUUAAGAGCAAGUCAGGCUUAUCGCCUUAUUUUACCUUCUGCCGGAAUGAAGCAAGGCGCAAGAAAUGAGGUAUCGAAAUGA